GGGAGAAGCAGGUGGCCCCGCGGCCCUCCGGCCCUCCGCUCCGGUUCCUCGCCCGCCCGGCGCCCGGCAGUGGCAGUUCGGCUGCCAGUGGAUGAGUCCAUGUACCCUGCAAAAGGUCCCCGGGACUGUUCUCUCCCCUCCAUCUCCAGAGCGACCUGCAGCAGAGAGCUGGAGAAGGUUCAAGAGGAAGGAGACCCUGGCAUGACCACGAUGGAGAAGAGAUACAGUGAUUUUCUGGAAUCUAAGGGAUGCUUUGCUGGCACAACAUCCUCUGGAAGAAAGGUCAGCCCCUCAUCUUCUGCUGAAACAUGUCCUAGUGUGAGUGAGCCUGCAGUCCCCGGCAAAGUCUCCGUUCCCCUAGACUCUGCUACAGAUUUGGAUCUGAAAUCCUCCUCCGCACAUUCUGAUCAGUCCUCUGAAACCUCAUUCCCUGAAGUCCCCAAGGAUAAAUAUCCCAAGGAGUUCAGCCUGCUUAAGUUGCAGACAAAGGACGGGCACCGUCCUGAAUGGACGUUUUACCCGAGGUUUAGCAGCAAUAUCCACACCUACCACGUUGGAAAGCAGUGCUUCUUUAACGGGGUCUUCCUCGGCAACAGGAGGUCUCUAUCAGAGAGAAUGGUGGACAAGUGCUUUGGGAGGAAGAAGUAUGAUAUUGAUCCUAGGAAUGGAAUACCAAAGUUAACUCCAGGAGAUAAUCCAUAUAUGUACCCAGAACAGAGUAAAGGCUUCCACAAAGCAGGCUCAACUCUCCCACCAGUGAAUUUCUCAAUAGUGCCGUAUGAAAAGAAAUUUGAUACAUUUAUUCCACUUGAGCCUCUUCCACAAAUUCCUAUCUUGCCUUUCUGGGUGAAGGAGAAGGCCAACAGGCUGAAGACCGAGAUAAGAGAGGUGGAGGAGCUUGACAAUUGGCACCCAGCGGUUCCCUUGGUGCACAGUUUAUUCCCUGCUGGUGGGUUAAAGAACCUUCAAAGAAUAGUAUAAAACUGGAGGCAAGCCCAGAAGAGCAGGCUUUUGAGAGGCUUCGCAGUGGAGAGGAGAGAAGGCAAAGCCUCUCCCAGAGUGGAUGGUAUCUUUUGCCCCACACCGUGGUCCCUUGGGCUGCUGUUAUCAUGGCCAUGCAUCACUGGUUGAGUGUGUUGGUUGAGCACCAUUAGUCUUGUAAUGGGGCACAACCUUCAACUCCGUGCCUCUAUCCACAGGUUCUUUGGAUUCGCCAAGACAAUCCUAAGCAGAAACAGGCCCACAGAGCAUGCACUGACUGUACUCUGGAGAGCCUCUUCCAAUUGGUUGCUUCUGUCAGUGUGAUUGCUCUAAGUCAAAUGUUUGACUUUGAUAAGUAAUCACUGUGCGUUGCCUUUUUUUUUUUAACUCUAUGUUCUGAAAACCUUCAAACUUACAGAAAAGUUGUGAGGAUCAUACAAUGAACAAAUACCUACA